CACGAGUGAAAUGUUUUGAUCAUAGGUCAGUUGGAUCAGAGCCGAUGUGGAGCUACGAAGCCACACCUACAAAAUCAAUCAUUUUAAAUUUAUAUUUUUCAAAUUAGAUGGUUAUGGGCUCGUUCUUCUAUUUAGGAUACAAUCCAGACCUCUGAACACACACAGCAAUUUAUAUUUAUUCGAGAGUAUAAAGUUCUAAUUGUUUAGAUAAGGUCGAAUACGUAGGUAUACACACAUGACAGUCAGAUAGUAUCACUUGUCAUUAAUGAUUAUCGUAUUUUUCAGACAUCGCAUUAUUAUGAAAUAUAAUAGAUUAAUGCAAGAUUUACUGCUUAUAUAUGGAAAAGUAAUCACUUCUUUUAUCUAGCAGUUUUAUAUAUCUUUAUAGUGGGAGGUAAUUCUGCUCGAAAUCAAGGUUCGCUUAUAUUAAUUAUUAUUAAAUGUGCAUGUAUAAUGAUGAAUGAAUAUAGAAAUUAAUAUUUUUUGUGAAGGAAAUAUAAAUUAUACUAAAAGAAAUAUAUAUCAGUGAAAUUCAUUUCAUAAACACAAAAAAUAAAACAAAUCUAUUGAAAUUAAUGUAACUAGCAGACGACUUUGUACAGUUUCCUGUGUAAUGGCGGCGAAAGUGAAGCCAUCCCGGCUGGAGGCUGAAAUUGAGAAAUGUAGGGCCGAAUGCAGCUGGCAAAGGGCUUUAGAAUUUGUCAGACAACUUGUUCACAAGUCUCCAGGUUUUGAAUACAUGGUUGACUUUGUGAUGGGAGAAUGCAAACUUGAAGAGUACCUAGAGAAAUUCCCCCCAUGUGAGAAGAAUAUCAACAAAGCUAUAAGUGAACUUACUGAAGCUGAGGCCCUUUUAAACCGAGUGAUUCAAGGGGACAAUAGGUUCAAAUUCGAUGCUCAACUUUUAUUAGUCAAAAUCCACUACUGUCGUGGCAAUUAUACUGGUGCUUAUGCUUUAUUGGAAAAAGCUGAUAUUGAUAACAUCACUAUUAAGUCUCCCUCAAUCCGGUUUCUACGGAUUUUAGCCGAAGGCUAUGCUAUUAAAGGUCUUUGCUUGGAACGGAUGCCCCCAGCAACCACUAGCAAAUUUAAAGCUGCUGAGAAAGAGGAGAAGAUAAUUCAUUAUUUUGAAAAAGCUGGUGAUCUGGCGUUGUUACAUUUACAAGAACAGGAGAGGAGUCAGACCAGUGGGCAGCUAGGUGUUGGGCAGGUAUCACUAGCCCCUGUUAACGUGAACGAUGUGGGACUUAUUCUGGAAACUGCAAUACAACAGGCUCCCAUUUUACACAUUAAAAAUGGAAAACUCUCCUGUGGUAUUAGCAGAUUUCGAGAGCUACUACGGGCAGUCGAAUCUCGUUACACCCAAAGUUUACGACAGAUUCUUUCCCGUCAGCUGGCUGAAGUUUUGUUGAGGGGUGUCUGUGAAAGAACAUACAUUCAAUUAGAUCUUAACUCUGAGAAUUCAGAAUCAAGAAGUGGAAACACAGCUGUUCCUAGAAUGUAUGCUGGAGAUAAGCUAUUUACACCAGCAAAUGAGAAUGAGGAAGCCCUUUUGUUACUUCUUAUUGCUGAAGCUAUUGUUAUACCAUGUCUCCACCUAACUGAGAAUCAUACUACACACUCCAACAUUUAG